CCCUCCAGCAUGGCGCUGUGCUGGGGUCGCGGCGCGGCGGGACUCAGCCGGGCGCUUCGCUCCUCCGGCUGCGCGCGGCCCGUGGCCGAGGAGAGAGGAACCCUUGGUGGCCUCUGGGGCUCCAGAAGGAACUCAACCGCCAGACCCUGUGAGCAUGACCGCAGGAAGGACUGGGGCCUCGCUGAGCUGCUGGAGGUGCUGGAGGCCCGGGUGCAGCAGCUGCAGGCUGAGAGCGGGUCUGGCUCCGAGGCUGUGGGGAAGCAGCUUCAAGUGUCUCGGCCAGCGGAGCACUUUGCCCGCUGGGCCAAGAAGUUGCACAAGGACCACCUGGAACUACAGGUCCGAAGGCAGCGGCUGGAGAGGAAGCUGAAGGCAGCUUCCCUGAAGGUACAGCCCCGGCCCCUGCUGCGUGUGGAGCCUCAGCUUCAGAACUCACGUCUGGCUAGCUGCUUACAGGAGCCCCACAGGAAUGCCUGGGAGGAGCUGCUGGCCCGGGCUCUGCAGGAGGUCCCACAGAAGCUGAGCUGCGAGGGGGCCUUGGAGGUGCACACGCCAGCGCAGGCGGGGGAGCUGGACGAGCUGGAGUCGGAGUUGUGGACGCUGCAGCAGAAGCUCCUGUUCUUCUUCAAGGGCUGCCUGGCCAGUGGCCACCUGCCUCUUGCUCACCACGUGCUGGUCAGCCACCACAGCCGGCCCCGGAAGCAGCUGCAGCUCACCCUGGCCAUGUACAAUACAGUGAUGCUCGGCUGGGCUCGCCAGGGUUCCCUCAAGGAGCUGGUGUAUGUGUUCUUCAUGCUGAAGGACUCUGGCCUUACCCCAGACCUGUUGUCCUACGCGUCUGCACUGCAGUGUAUGGGGCGGCGGGACCAGGAUACCCACACCAUCAGAAGGUGCCUGGACCAGAUGGUCCAUGAUGGGCUACAGCCGACCCAGAUCUUUACAGAUCUGCCCCUGCUGGAGGAGGAACGGGCUGCCAUCCUGAGAGCCGUGGUUAAGGCGAAGCCCACCUUCAGCCUUCCACCACAGCCCUCACCCCAGGUCAACACCUCUGAGCUGCUCAGGGAGGUCUACUCCAAGGAUGAGCCGGUGUCCUACCCAAAGAUGUCCCUGCCCCUGGAGACUCUGAAGGGCUUCUUCCAGCAGCAGCUACAGGUUGAGCUGACCAACAACAUCAGCGUCCAGUCAGUGGACAAGGCCCCACAGCUGACCAAGGAGGUCCUCAAAGCACGCAAGACCCUGGAGACUCUGCGUGAGCAGUGGAAAGUGGAACUUCUCCGCGUGCUGCAGGAGACCAAGACCAGGCUGGCUCGGGAAGCUCGUAGUGGCCGGCCCUCGCUCUACCCCUUCCUGUGCCUGCUUGAGGAUCGGGAGCUGGUGGAUUUGCUACUGCAGGCCCUGCAUGCGCUGCCUGCCCAGGGCGAGUCCCUCAUCCACUUGGCCCAUGACGUGGGUCUGCAGACCUUCAACCGGCACUCAAUGAAGCAGAGGCAGCUCAGCCACCAAGUGAAGGAGCUAGAGCAGCGCUACUUCCAGUAUCUUCAGCUGUUGGCCUCGGACACCCAGGUAGAGACUCCCUACCUGCCAAGGCAAUACUGGGAGGCGCUGGGCCCACCUGAACCGCCACUACAGUCGCCCUGGCCAAUGCGCCUGCUGCUGGAGCUGGGGAACCAGCUGACCGAGCUGCUUGUGCAGGCUGUGCAGAUGCCACGCAGCCUGGUGGCACCCCAGGGCUCCUGCCGGCUCAUCCCAGUGCUAUACCAUGUCUACUCCUUCCGCAGUUUUCGCCAGAUUGGUAUCCUGAAACCACAUCCUGCGUUCACGCAGCUGCUAGCCACUGCGGCAGAGCCCACGCUGAUCUUUGAGGCCAAGGACAUGCCAAUGCUGUGCCCCCCACUUCCCUGGACCUCGCCGCAUGCGGGUGCCUUCUUGCUGAGCUCCACCAAGCUCAUGCGGGCAGUGGAGGGCACCCGACAGCACCAGCGCCUGCUGGAGUGCUGCCCACCUGCCCAGCUGCACGGUGCCCUGGACACACUCACGCAGCUGGGCAACUGUGCCUGGCGCGUCAACGGACGCGUUCUGGACCUGGUUCUCCAGGUCUUCAGGGACAAGGGCAGUGUGCACCUUGGCGUGCCCCCUCCUGCCUCUGAGGCCCCACAGCCUCCAGAGUUACCUUUGCCACCUGAUACUCCACCUGCGCGCAAGGCUGAAGUGCGGCGCGAACUCGUGCGCUGCCUGAAGGUGGCGCGUGAGAUGCACAGCCUUCGGGCAGAUGCACUCUACCGGCUGUCACUGGCGCAACACCUGCGUGACCAUGUCUUCUGGCUGCCCCACAACAUGGACUUCCGUGGCCGCACCUACCCAUGCCCGCCACACUUCAACCACCUGGGAAGUGACCUGGCACGAGCGCUGCUGCGCUUUGCCGAGGGCAAACCACUGGGCCCACGUGGUUUGGACUGGCUCAAGAUCCACCUAGUCAACCUCACUGGGCUCCGUAAACGAGACUCGCUGCAGAACCGUCUGGCCUUUGCCAAUGAGGUCAUGGAUGACAUCCUGGACUCAGCCGAUCGGCCCAUGACGGGCCGGAAGUGGUGGAUGAAGGCCGAUGAGCCCUGGCAGACCCUGGCCUGCUGCAUGGAGGUGGCAGAGGCUGUAAGAUCCUCUGACCCAGCCACCUUUCUCUCCCACCUGCCGGUUCACCAAGACGGUUCCUGCAAUGGCUUGCAGCAUUACGCAGCCCUGGGCCGGGACAGCGCCGGUGCCAGCUCGGUCAACUUGCUGCCUUCGGAUCUGCCACAGGACGUGUACAGCGAGGUGGCGGCCCAGGUGGAGGUAUUCCGCAGACAGGACGCCGAGCAGGGCGUGCGCGUGGCCCAGGUGCUUGAAGGCUUCAUCAGCCGCAAAGUGGUGAAGCAGACGGUGAUGACUGUGGUUUAUGGGGUUACGCGCUAUGGAGGGCGCCUGCAGAUUGCCAAGCGCCUGCGCGAGCUCAGCGACUUCCCUCAGGAGUUCGUCUGGGAGGCCUCCCACUACCUGGUCUGCCAGGUCUUCCAGAGCCUGCAGGAGAUGUUCUCCAGCACUCGCGCCAUCCAGCACUGGCUGACCCAGAGCGCCCGCCUCAUCUCCCAAGCUGGCUGGGCCGUGGAAUGGGUCACGCCCCUGGGGGUCCCUGUCAUCCAGCCCUACCACCACAAUGCCAAGUUCCAGAUGAAAGGCGGGCUCCAGACAAUCACCUGCGCCAGCAACCAUGACACCAACCAAAGGCCUAACACUGUGAAGCAGAAGAACGGCUUCCCUCCCAACUUCAUCCACUCGCUGGACUCCUCGCACAUGAUGCUGACGGCCCUGCACUGCUACAGGAAGGGCCUCACCUUCGUCUCUGUGCACGACUGCUUCUGGACCCACGCGGCUGACAUCUCAGUCAUGAACGAGGUGUGCCGGGAGCAGUUUGUGCGUCUGCACAGCCAGCCCAUCCUGGAAGAUCUGGCCAAGUUCCUGGUACAGCGCUACUGCUCCGGCCUCAGUCCCAGGCCCCAGAAGGCUGUGGAGCCUGCCCUGUUUGCCAAGCUGCUGGGGACUCUGCAAGCAGUGCCCAAGACAGGCGCCUUAGACCUGGAGCAGGUGAAGAGAUCAACCUACUUCUUCAGCUAACUUGGCCACUAUACGCCCAGCACCCUGUCCAUAGUGUAAAUAAAGAUCUGUUACCACCCACUC